AGCAAUUCACGACCUGGCAUUCUUUUGGCACAGCGCCAGCAGCCACGGAGGCUGCGGCCACGUCGACAGCUGUAAAUGGCAAGGGAAGGUGGCAAGGCCGGAUUGUAGAAAACACCAGCGUGCUUGAACUUUAGAACUCUGCUUGGAACCAAGAGCACCCCGCCCGGAGGCCUACAAUGGAUUUCUUCCCAGUUAGCCCUGGGCCAUUUCUGCCAGACAUAACCAUUGACAAGAAGUCAAAAGAUGAUCUCAGUCUGGACCUGGACCUGGAAAGCUUCCCUGAUGUCAUAUUUGAAAAGCAAGAGAAGCUCAGUGAACCAUCAAAGGAUGCCCUGUUUGACCAUGCCCAAGGAAAUGACUUCAGCAUGUUUGACAACCUGGACUCCUUCCUGCAAGAGUUUGGCAACAGUGUCAGUGAGGAAGGCCUGCUGUCACCAUCGCCCCUCUCAGACAGCGGCCUUUCCAACACUGACACUGGCUCUGACCAGAUGAUGUCCCCUGCCGGCAAUGAUGAUGACCUCAGUGGGACGGACACAUCGGAGCCGGAGCGAGCCAUCAGCCCACUGGACCUGAUCAAAGUGGAGCCGCCAUCACCUGACUCCACCACCGAGCGUGUGGCCACCGUCUGCACAAGUGUGGGUGAGCGGACGGCGGUGCCGGCCGCCGCCCGGCCCGUCACCACCUCGGCGCCCACCGUCACCGUGCUGCGCCAGGCCCGGCCCGGCCAGUCCAUCCUCAUCCCAGUCAACAUCAAGGGCUCCGGCAACAUCAAGACGGUCAAGAUCCUCAGCGCACCGGGUAACCUCAAGUCGCCGACGAUCGUGGGUGAGCUACGACCGACGGCGGUGCGGCACGGCGGCACCACGCGCAUGGUGUACAGCAUCGCCGGAGGCGAGCGGCUCCAGACCUCGGCCGGACCCGUCAUCACCGUCUGCAGCAGCCGCGCCGGCGCCGACACGGCCGCCGCCGCCGCCGGCCUGCCCGACGGACAGAAGAAGAAGCUCGACCUCUCCCCCGAGGAGCGUCGCCUGCUGAAGAAGGAGGGCGUCCUGCUGCCCACCCACUACCCGCUGACGCGCGAGGAAGAGCGCGAGCUCAAGCGCAUCCGCCGCAAGAUCCGCAACAAGAUGUCCGCCCAGGACAGCCGCAAGCGGAAAAAGGAGUACAUCGACGGCCUGGAGGACAGGGUGCGCAUGUGCACGGCGGAAAACCAGGACCUGCACAAGCGUAUCAAGCGGCUGGAGUCGCAGAACGGUCAGCUGUCCGCCCAGAACACCUCGCUGACCACGCACAACGAGACUCUGUCGUCACAACUGCGCCGGCUUCAGGCGCACAUCACGCGAGUGGCGCUCGGUGCCGGCCGCGGCGUGGCCCAGCCCAGCACCUGCCUGAUGAUCUUGCUGCUGUCGCUCUCGCUCUGCGUGCUGCCCAGCCUCAAGGAAGAGGCUGCGGACGAGUCGGCGCUCAGCAAGGCAGACGCCGGCGCCAGAAGCGCGCGUACGCUGCUCUCGCAGUCGACCAAGGCUGACUUCCUCAGCCUCUACCUGGGCCGGAAGCCGGCCGUCUCCCAGCUGGCCGGUUUGGACCUGGAGCUGUCGGACAUCGAGGACGAGGCGCCGGUUGCGCGCCGCGCCGCCCAGCCGCCGCCGCGCAAGCGCGCCCGGCUGGCCGGCCGCUGGCAGGACGAGCUGCAGGCGGCGCCGCUGGACGACGGGCCGCCGCCCGAGCCGGACCCCUCGUCGCCGGGCACGCGCAACGGCACCCGACCGCCGGCCCGGCUGGUGCUCACCGUCGAGCGGCAGUGAGCGGCACGACGCGCCUCCAUUCCGCGGCGCCUCACCGGCUGCCGCCCUGCAUGCGUUACGGAAGCGAUGGUUGGCGUAGUUUUACUGGAGCGGCCCGCGUGGCCGGCUGUUUGGACGGUCGCGGGAGAAGGUUGGCUUGGGUGUAGCGACGCGAGUCCCCUGUACAUACGUAUGGCGAGCACUCUUCUUAGCCUCUCUUGGUGCGACGGCUCGGUUGGUGCGACACGGCUUGGGCGUGGUUCGGUUUCGAGCAGUGACAGGUUCCGCCGGUACAAAUCGCGGAGGUGCGCUGGUGUUUUCUACGUGGAAAUGUGCAAAACCCGCAUAAAAAUAGCAAAAGAACCAUCGGAACGAAAAUCCCGGUAAAUGCUCCGGCGGUGCUCCAGCAAUGCUGCAACCAAAUGGGAGACUAUUGUAUUUAAAGAUAUAUGGUGAUAUUUUUGCAUUUCCGUCGAUGAUGCGUGUGUCCGUAUGUGAAAAUUGUGAGCGGUCCGCUCCACUCGGGUGUCGGGUGUGCGCGUGCGCGUGGCCGGAGCUGGCGCCGGGGCUAGAAGCUUUGUCCCGGCUGCGCGGCCUGUGUGUGGCGCCCCGUCUGUCCGGCCUGACCGGGGCCCGUGUGUGAGCCUGUGUGUGGUGCACUGAUCUGGACGGCCACGCACCUGUCACCCGACAAAAUACACUGGAGCAUGGAUA